AUGCUGUAUUCGUCUUCCCUAUCAGAUCCGGAUUAUACUUCGAGCAGUGAACAGUCAUGCGACACUGUAAUAUAUGUCGGAGCCAACGGCCAUUCUUUAAGUGAUCGUGAACUUACCGAUAAUGAAGGUCCGCCAAAAGCCGUGCCCCUCUUACCCCGAACAAAUCCUCGCCUUCCCCGUAGAACAAGUGGCUCAAGAUCCUCAGGUGAUGAAGGAUCUACAUCUGACACAGGCAGAAAUUUUUCGCCUGUAGAAACUGGGCGUUUGUCGAUUAACAAGAUUUAUGGUCGAGAACCCAAUACCCAGACCCGUAUACCCGUAAUGUCUCCGACUCCCACCAACAGUACAAACCGUGAUUCUUCAUCUCCGACAGGAAAUACGACUCCUCUGUCUGCGUCCUCAGGAUAUCAAAUGGCAAAAAGAGCGAAUCUUAAACAGAAGAUCCCGUCGUCGAAAUUUAAAGCCUUGUCUGACAGCGGAAGUAGUGGACGUCACCAAAACAGUGCAGAAGGCCCCAAUUUUAUGGAGCAGUGGGUGGACGGUCCAGGUGCAGCUAUAUAUCCAGAUAAGAAUAACGCAGAACUGUGGAUAGAUGGUCCCCAGGCAUUUAUGGUAAAAAUGGAGAAUGGAUCUAGAAAGCACAUUCGAAAAGAAUUAGAUGAAAAUGGAAGAGGAAGAACAUGGGCCAUGAAAAGAAGGAAUGGAAGUAUGUCAGAUGGUGAUAUUCAGCCACCACGAAGUGCAUCACUCCAAAGAGAUGAACGGGAGGAAGAGCAAUGGGUAGACGGGCCGGGUAGGGGUAACAUACGGGUAAGUAAUAACAAUUACCAAAUUAAGCAAAACGCGGCGGCGUGUCACGGCAAGAAGGUGACAUCUCACAUACCGCAGCCAGCACCCCCGUCUCCUCCGGAUCCUAUACCCCCUCCUUUAUCAACUAUGACUACAGGGACCCAUAAUGUUGUUAACCAAUUGCGAUCCAACAAACACAACCAGGAGCCAAGACCUGACAGCGCAAUAAGUGCGGACUCAUUAAGCGCUGAGCCUUCAGACUCAAGGCCAGCAAGUCUUCAUAGCAACGAACAACCAGAGCAGGAAAACGCGGAAAUUUUCCAAAGUAAGCCUGUAACUGCUGAAAAUGACGAUGGUUUAAAUAACUUUGUCAAGGAUUGGGUAGAAAGACACCACUGUAAUAAUAACAAUGUCAACAGCACAGUAGUUGACACGCAAGAGGUUCCAUCUGUUACAAAUAAUGGAGAUUCUAAUAUUGGAACUAUAAUGGAUCCUGCAAACCAAGUACUUCCUACUUGUGAAUCAUUGCCAUGUUAUAAUAAAGAAAUGGUUAAUACCCAAACCAAUCAAGUUGCUUCGAUGCUUCAUAAGACAAAAAUUACUUCACAAGAAACUCCGAUUGGCCCGGGACAUUCUACAAAUCGCAUAACUGAAUGGCUGAAGACAGUUUCAACAGACGAAAAUAGAGAGGCUUGCGUCAGUGGAAGUGGAAAUAGUGGAUUGAGCAAGCCGUUCCUUAUAACCGAAUCUCAGCUCAAUAACGGAUCAGAUGCUUACGAGAUCACAAAUGGCAGUGCGGAUUGGAGACGCAAUGAAACUGUACCGUUGAUUGAAACCGUUUCAGAGUUUAACAAACACAUGCUUUUGUCGGAUCAGUGCGAAGACAACAAAGUAUGGUUUACAGAAGAAGAAUUAACAAGUGAACAGAAAUAUCUGAGCUUUUACAGUAGUGCUGACACAAACAAAGAUAGCAACCCAGAAACAGAAUUUGCUAACUUACUGAUAUCAAAUCGAGAAUCAAUUUACGAAAUUCAGGUUGAUCAACAACUGGAGCGAAGAAGUGUCAGUGGCGGUCAAGAUAUACCAGAUGAUGAAACUUUUAGCAGCAUAUCGUACGCCAAAGAGGAUGCAGAAAAACUUUCCUUGGAGGCAGAAGCUGAGCGUAUUCAGACAGUACAAAAAUUAAAAGCUUUGAAUGCUUUCCAGGAUGAUAUCCCUCCACUAAGGGAAAGUAGGACUCAUUGUCAAUUUGACCGUGCUAAACUUUCUGACUUAGAAGAAGUUUCCGAUGAAGACUCUGUACUUGAGUGCAAACAACAGUUAUUAGUAACCUCUGGAAAGCCUGAUAAUUGUUCUAAUUCACAUCUGUCCAAAGAAAUAUUCGAUGAAGAAGAGGGAGCUAUCGAUGUUUCAGUGCUUAAACAAAAUUACACGAUCAAUCCGACAAUGUCGGGUGUUUACCAAACAAACUCUUUAUUUUACGAACGGAAUAGUGACAAUGCUAAUAACAGUUCCAGCUCUAGUGCUGUCGGCGGACAUCCGCUUCCCAAUGUUAACACUGUGCCUAAUACACUUCCGAUGUAUUCUCAGAUUAAAUCGGCCAAAGAUGGAUCUGGAACUAGUUCGCAAAACGAUGCGAAGAAAUCUCAAAAGACAAAAACGUCAAAAUCCGGUUCCACUCACAAAACACAAUCGCCUUCCCCGCCCACCAUCCAUAAGUCGACCAAUAGAAAUCAGUGUAAGGAUACGACUAGCUUAUCCAGCAACAAACAAAAAAUUAAUAAGGACUCUUCCCCAGGGUGUACUGCUAUCUCGAGUUCCGUUCCGAGCAAGCUGUCUGCAUCACCUUCUUCAUCUUCUUCUUCUUCUCAUGCCAGCCGUGGCAAAGACAGAGGCAACAAAUCCGGGCGCUCAAGCUCACAACCUGCAGUCUCAGCUGUGACUCGCAACAAGACGUCCAAAUCUCAAUCACCAAGCCGUUCCCGCUUGCCGAUAUUCAACGGAAAGGCUUUCACGCCAACGUCUAAGCUAAAAAAGAAGGAGAAGGAGAAGAAGGAGGAGAAGGAGAAGAUGGCGAUGAUUGAGAAAACUUGUUCUCCAAAGAUUCACGAGAUUGACACCAGGGUCCCACGUCGCGAUGCUGAUACUGGUAAUGAAACUGGUCUUGUAGCAAGCGAGAAGAAAUUUCUGUCCCCUUACGCUACGGUAACAAAGCCGCGUGUAGCUAGCCACUCAAGCAGUGGUCAUGGCAGCGACAACAGCAGUACAAUCAGCACCGAGGUUCACUCACAGCUGGGCAGCAAAUCGGAUAAGCUUCACGGGGGAGGAACGAGCAGUGGUUAUGAGAGUAUGCUAAGGGACAGCGAGGCAACCGGUUCAUCCUCAGCACAUGAUGAUUCUGCCAGUGAAUCAUCAUCUAAUGAAAGAAAAAAAGGAACGCGCAAAAAAAAAAUCGCAGGUAAGAAACGAAAAACUUUUACCUUUGAAAAAAAAUCCAAGUUCAGUCUAAUUAAUAUUUUAUUUAUUUUUAGUAAAUAUCAUAUUCGAGAGUAA